AUGGCCCACCUGGGAGCCCAUUUUGCCUUUCGAUCCCGCUGGCAGAAGACCGACGACGAACUCUGUCGACAUAGCAUGUCCUUCAUCCUUCACAGAGCCAUUCGCAAUGACUUCUUUCAGAGCUAUCUCUACCUGCUGGAAAAAAUUCCCCUGGUGAAAUUGUAUGCUUUAACAAGUCAAAUCAUCAAUGGGGAGAUGCAGUUCUAUGCCAGAGCUAAACUUUUCUAUCAAGAAGUACCAGCUACAGAAGAGGGUAUGAUGGGAAAUUUCAUUGAACUGUCCAUCCCAGAUAUCCAGGCUUCUCGGGACUUCCUUCGGAAGUUUGUUGGGGGCCCCGGGAGAGCUGGGACAGACUGUGCCUUGGAUUGUGGCUCUGGAAUAGGAAGGGUCAGCAAGCAUGUCUUGUUGCCGGUUUUCAAAAGCGUGGAACUGGUGGACAUGAUGGAAUCAUUCCUCGUCGAAGCCCAGAACUACCUGCAGGUCAACGGGGACAAGGUAGAAAGCUACCACUGCUACAACCUGCAGGAAUUUACACCCCCACUGGGGAGAUAUGAUGUCAUCUGGAUUCAGUGGGUCUCUGGGUACCUGACCGACAAAGACCUUCUUGUAUUUCUUUCCCGGUGCCGAGCUGGCCUGAAGGAAAACGGUGUCAUCAUACUGAAGGACAACGUGGCUCGGGAGGGCUGUAUCUUCGAUCUCUCGGACAGCAGUGUGACUCGGGACAUGGACAUCCUCCGGAGCCUCAUUAGGAAGAGCGGGCUGGUGGUGCUGGGCCAGAAGAAGCAGGAUGGCUUUCCAGAACAGUGCAUCCCGGUGUGGAUGUUCGCACUGCACAGUGAUGGACAGUCCUGA